AUGGGAGAGGGUGCAAAAGGGGAGCCAGCCUUCAGAGAGAGCUUUGCAAAGCUGGGAGAAGUCAGAUCCAUUGCCAGAGAGGGUGAGUAAACAUUGUCUUGUCACCGAAUAAAACCAGUGCCAGUUCAUGUCCUCCUGGGCCCAUAUUCUUAAAGUGUCUUAGAGUAGGACUGCUGAUCAAAGAUCAGGUCCAACCUGUUUCCUGGUCGUUUUACUUCUUUCUCCUGUAGCCCUCAAAUUCAAGAGUCAGUUCAGGACUAAAUCCUCUACAGGCUGCCUUGCUAGUGUAGAUAUGUGCUGUAUUCUACAGCUGCCUCAGUUCAGUACUAAAUCCUCUACAGGCUGCCUUGCUAGUGUAGAGAUGUGCUGUGUUCUACUGCUGCCUCAGUUCAGUACUAAAUCCACUACAGGCUGCCUUGCUAGUGUAGAGAUGUUCUUAACCAGAUGGCUCCUCUAACAUAUCCCAGGCCCUUCCUCUCUAUACUUCACUAGAAUGCAACCAUCUUCUUGUAAUAACUCCUGUUGUAAACCAAAGCACAUUUUCACGGACAUAUAUGUCUUAUAUGGGCAGAAAGCUUAAAUUAUUGUUAAUCUAACUGCAGUGUCCAAUUUACAGUCGGUAUUACAGCGAAAAAAUACCAUUAUAUUGUUAGAAGAUUGUGCACAACAACAAAACCCUUUUAUCACGGCGACAGGUUUGAUACAUUCACCUCUGAAGGUAGAUAAUGUCCUUAGAUUCAGUAAUCUUGCUCUGAUUUGUCAUCCUGAGGGUCCCAGAGAUAAAAUCCAGCAUAGUUCUGUUUGAUAAAAUCAACUUUUGUAUCCUAACACGAUUCAUGUUGUAAACAGCAUUCCGCCUGAAUUCCGACUUGUUCAACUUGCAACAAAGCAUUUCAACAUAAUAUAAACGCUACACCUUGUUUCACCCGGUCAAGUUCUGUUUUUCUGCGAUCCUCAGGUACUCUAGAAGGCAACAGAACUUUUUCAGCAUCCUGCAUGACGUAUAGGCUACACAAAAGUUAUUUUAGCCAACCAAGGGCUGACCUCCAUUAUGCACCAAUGAGACGGGCGGUGUUCACUUGAUUGACUGUAUCUUGGUCCAAUGACCACCUAACGUUUUGAAACAUAGCUAGCUAGAUAGCCAAUGAGCUGGGCUUUACAUGAGUGUGUGAUGGUCCUUUGUAUGAGUAAAAGCCAUUGUGCUAAGCCCGUGCGCAACGAGACUCAUUCUCCAUUAAAAAUUGAAAGGACCAAGAGGAGUUUAUUACGCACAGCUCGAUUUAGUUCUACAAAGUCUUCAGCAAUUUUACUAAGUACAACAGUGGCUUCUAACACUGAAAAAGCUAAAUCGAAGUCCAGAUAUACAGAUUUGGACGAGAUUAUAGCAAAAAUUGACUGUGAAAGUGACACAGAACCAGACUGGUUUUUGAAAGGAUGAGACUUUAGACUGGUAAAAUACGUUUUAUUUAAAUUUAGUGAAAUACGUUUUUUCUUCUCAUGCACUUGUUUGAGAUUUUUUCUUUAUUUAUAUAUAUAUAUAUAACUCAGCAAAAAAAAGAAACGUCCUCUCACUGUCAACUGCGUUUAUUUUCUUAUCUUAACAUGUCACGUUCGUUUAAUGACGGGUCAGACCAAGGCGCAGCGUGAUAUGCAUACAUGUUUAUUUUAACUAAAAAAACACCACGACAAAACAAUAAACGAAACGAAAUGUGAAGUCCAAGGUAGCACACACAACAUACCUUAACCGGAACAAGAUCCCACAACUAGACUGUGCCAAUAGGCUGCUUAAGUAUGGUCCCCAAUCAGAGACAACGAGCGACAGCUGCCUCUGAUUGGGAACCACACCAGCCAACAUAGAUCCACACAUGCUAGAUAUACAACAUAGAAUAUAUACAAACAAAGAAUACACACACCCUGACUCAACAUAUAAGUGUCCCCUGAGUCAGGGGGUGACAAUGUAAAUAUUUGUAUGAACGUAACAAGAUUCAACAACUGAGACAUAAACUGAACAAGUUCCACAGACAUGUGACUAACAGAAAUUGAAUAAUGUGUCCCUGAACAAAGGGGGGGUCAAAAUCAAAAGUAACAGUCAAUAUCUGGUGUGGCCACCAGCUGCAUUAAGUACUGCAGUGCAUCUCCUCCUCAUGGACUGCACCAGAUUUGCCAGUUCUUGCUGUGAGAUGUUACCCAACUCUUCCACCAAGGCACCUGCAAGUUCCCAGACAUUUCUGGGGGGGAAUGGCCCUAGCCCUCACCCUCCGAUCCAACAGGUCCCAGACGUGCUCAAUGGGUUUGAGAUCCGGGCUCUUCGCUGGCCAUGGCAGAACACUGACAUUCCUGUCUUGCAGGAAAUCACGCACAGAAUGAGCAGUAUAGCUGGUGGCAUUGUCAUGCUGGAGGGUCAUGUCAGGAUGAGCCUGCAGGAAGGGUACCACAUGAGGGAGGAGGAUGUCUUCCCUGUAACGCACAGCGUUGAGAUCGCCUGCAAUGACAACAAGCUCAGUCCAAUGAUGCUGUGACACACCGCCCCAGACCAUGACGAACCCUCCACCUCCAAAUUGAUCCCGCUCCAGAGUACAGGCCUCGGUGUAAUGCUAAUUCCUUUGACGAUAAGCGCGAAUCCGACCAUCACCCCUGGUGAGACAAAACCGUGACUCGUCAGUGAAGAGCACUUUUUGCCAGUCCUGUCUGGUCCAGCGACAGUGGGUUUGUGCCCAUAGGCGACGUUGUUGCCGGUGAUGACUGGUGAGGACCUGCCUAACAACAGGCCUACAAGCCCUCAGUCCAGCCUCUCUCAGCCUAUUGCGGACAGUCUAAGCACUGAUGGAGGGAUUGGCCAUUCCUGGUGUAACUCGGGCAGUUGUUGUUGCCAUCCUGUACCUGUCCCGCAGGUGUGAUGUUCGGAUGUACCGAUCCUGUGCAGGUGUUGUUACACGUGGUCUGCCACUGCGAGGACGAUCACCUGUCCGUCCUGUCUCCCUGUAGCGCUGUCUUAGGUGUCUCACAGUACGGACAUUGCAAUUUAUUGCCCUGGCCACAUCUGCAGUCCUCAUGCCUCCUUGCAGCAUGCCUAAGGCACGUUCACGCAGAUGAGCAGGGACCCUGGGCAUCUUUCUCGUGGUGUUUUCCGGAGUCAGUAGAAAGGCCUCUUUAGUGUCCUAAGUUUUCACAACUGUGACCUUAAUUGCCUACCGUCUGUAAGCUGUUAGUGUCUUAACGACCGUUCCACAGGUGCAUGUUCAUUAAUUGUUUAUGGUUCAUUGAACAAGCAUGGGAAACGGUGUUUAAACCCUUUACAAUGAAGAUAUGUGAAGUUAUUAGGAUUUUUACGAAUUCUUUGAAAGACAGGGUCCUGAAAAAGGGACGUUUCUUUUUUUGCUGAGUUUAUAGAGAUAUAUAUAGAUAUACAGUGUGGAAAAAAAGUAUUUAGUCAGCCACCAAUUGUGCAAGUUCUCCCACACGCCUGUAAUUUUCAUCAAAGGUACACGUCAACUAUGACAGACAAAAUGAGAAAGAAAAUUCCAGAAAAUCACAUUGUAGGAUUUUUUAUGAAUUUAUUUGCAAAUUAUGGUGGAAAAUAAGUAUUUGGUCACCUACAAACAAGCAAGAUUUCUGGCUUCAACCUACUCAAGUGACUCACCCCUCCUAGGGACGGCAUGGAAGAGCACUAGUAAGCCAGUGACUCAGUCCCCGUAUUAGGGUCAGAGGCAGAGAAUCCCAGUGGAGAGAGGGGAGCCGGCCAGGCAGAGACAGCAAGGGCGGUUCGUCACUCCAGUGCCUUGCCGUUCACCUGACGCACCCCUGGGCCAGACUACACUCAAUCAUAGGACCUACUGAAGAGAUGAGUCUUCAGUAAAGACUUAAAGGUUGAGACCAAGUCUGCGUCUCUCACAUGGAUAGGCAGAACAUUCCAUAAAAAUGGAGCUCUAUAGGAGAAAGCCCUGCCUCCAGCUGUUUGAUUAGAAAUUCUAGGGACAAUAAGGAGGCCUGCGUCUUGUGACCGUAGCGUACGUGUAGGUAUGUACGGCAGGACCAAAUCGGAGAGAUAGGUAGGAGCAAGCCCAUGUAAUGCUUAGUAGGUUAGCAGUAAAACCUUGAAAUCAGCCCUAGCCUUAACAGGAAGCCAGUGUAGAGAGGCUAGCACUGGAGUAAUAUGAUCACAUGGUUCUAGUCAAGAUACUAGCAGCCGUGUUUAGCACUAACUGAAGUUUAUUUAGUGCUUUAUCCGGGUAGCCGGAGAGUAGAGCAUUGCAGUAGUCUAAUCUAGAAGGGACAAAAGCAUGGAUUAGCUUUUCUGCAUCAUUUUUUGACAACAUUUUUCAGAUUUUUUGCAAUGUUAUGAAGAUGGAUAAAAGCUGUCCUUGAAAUAUUAUUCAUAUGUUCGUCAAAAGAGAGAUCAGGGUCCAGAGUAACGCCGAUGUCCUUCAGUUUUAUUUGAGACGACUGUACAACCAUCAAGAUUCAUUGUCAGAUCCAACAGAAGAUCUCUCUGUUUCUUGGGACCUUGAACUAGCAUCUCUGUUUUGUCCGAGUUUAAAAGUAAAAAAUGUACCGCCAUCCACUUAUGUCUGAAACACAGGCUUCCAGGGUCGGACAUUUUGGGGCUUCACCAUGUUUCAUCGAAAUGUACAGCUGUGUGUCGUCCGCAUAGAAGUGAAAGUUGACAUUGUGUUUGCGAAUGACAUCACCAAGAGGUAGAAUAUAUAGUGAAAACAAUAGUGGUCCUAAAACGGAACCUUGAGGAACGAACCAUCCACAGAGACGAACUGACAUCUUUCAGACAGAUAAGAUCUAAACCAGGCAAGUACUUGUCUGUGUCGACCAAUUAGGGCUUCUAAUCUCUCCAAAGGAAUGUGGUGAUCGAUGGUGUCAAAAGCAGCGUUAAGGUCUAGGAGCACGAGGACAGAUGCAGAGCCUUGGUCUGACGCCAUUAAAAGUGAGUUUGGUUCACAUCCAGUGGAUAGGGAGCCAUUUAUUAUGUUCAACAUAGGAGGGCCAAGCACAGGAAGUAGCUCUUUCAGUAGUUUAGUUGGAAUAGGGUCCAGUAUGCAGCUUGAAGGUUUAGAGGCCAUGACUAUUUUCAUGAAUGUGUAAAGAGAUACAGGAUUUAAAAACUUGAGUGUCUGCAUUGAUCUUGAGUGUCUCCUGGCAGUUCUGUGCAGACUCAGGAUAACUGAGGUUUGGAGAAAUACGCAGAUUCAAAGAGGAGUCCGUCAUUUUCUUUCUAAUGAUCAUGAUCUUUUCGUUAAAGAAGUUAAUGAAUUCAUCACUGCUGAUGUGAAAGCCAUCCUCUCUUGUUGAAUGCUGCUUUUUAGUUAGCUUUGCGACAGUAUCAAAUAUACAUUUUAGAUUGUUCUUAUUCUCCUCAAUUAGGUUGGAAAAAUAGGCUGAUCGAGCAGCAGUGAGGGCUCUUCGAUAUUGCUCUGUACUUUCUUUCCAAGCUAGUAGGAAGACUUCCAGUUUGGUGGAGAGCCAUUUCCGUUCCAAUUUUUUGGAAGCUUGCUUCAGGACUCGGGUAUUUAUAUAUUGUACCAGGGAGUACAUUUCUUGUUUUUAGGGGUGCGCAAGGUUAAAUUUAGAUCCUCAGUUAGGUGGUUAACUGAUUUUUAUACUCCGACGUCCUUGAGUAGGUGGAGGGAGUCUGGAAGGGCCUCUAGGGACCUUUGGGAUGUCUGAGAAUUUAUAGCACGGCUUAUGAUGGUCCUUGGUUGGGGUCUGAGCAGAUUAUUUGUUACGAUUGCAAACGUAAUAAGAUGGUGGUCCGAUAGUCCAGGGUUAUGAGGAAAAACAUUUAGAUCCACAAUAUUUAUUCCACGGGACAAAACUAGAUCCAGGCAGUUCUACAUUCUUAGCUAAAAAUGAAUAAUAAUAAUAAAAAAAGUGGCUUGCCUGUUUUGAAUGUUAGUUUUGCAUUAAUACGUGUCACAAAUCAGUUUGCAAACAAUGCAAAAAAUCAUAGAGUUAAUAUACUGAGGUGCAUGUUCUGAGGACAGACAAGACAUCUGUAGAGAGACACCCACUGGGUCAGAGUUUUACUGGGUCAGAGUAUCCUUCAAAAUAAAGCCUACUUUAUUAUCUAUGGAAGAUUUGUUAGACAUAUUUUAACAUAGUUGAAUAUACAAACAUGGUCUCUUUUUUGCUUUAUUGAGUAAGGCAGCUCCAAAAUGCAGGUGUUUCAGCCCAGCUCAGUGCUUUCUGUGGUGGUGGGGCAGCCAGCUCAGUGCUUUCUGUGGUGGUGGGGCAGCCAGCGGAAAAUACGGAGCGUAGGGGCUGGUAAUGUUCUCUAGUUGCGCCGUGAUUGGCUCAGUGUUCUGUCACUCGCGGGGACACUACGUCACCGCCAAGUCUAAGGGUAGAGCUCGAAAAUUCAAGCCCCUUGGGUGCUGCCAUAGAGUUACAUUAGAAGUGCCCAUCUAAGAAGGCUCAAGGUCAUUGGCCACUGAUAAAAUGACAUCAAAUCACGUUAUAUCUACAGUAGCUUUGAUUGGACUGAUCAUGUCAACAUCACACUUUCAAAAUCUUAGCUAGCAGUCAUCAUCAUGAAUAAAGUCGACAAUCUACUGGCAAAUCCUUUUUAAUCCUUGUCAUAUGAAGAUAAAUAAUGAAGAGAAAUUAUAGAUAAAAUGGAUCGGUGCUCAUCGGACAUUGGACAUAAACAUUACACAACAAGUUGGAAAUCGCAAAUUCAACAAUGAGUGGUUUGGAAGGAAUCAGUGGCUAACUGCAAGCAUUGCAAAGCAAUCACUAGCCUGCUAUUCAGUGGAGUGGCUGUGUGGUCCCAAAUCUGUGAAUAUGCUGCUGCAUAAAUGAUGUAAAAUGCCAGUGAAAAACGGUAUGUAUACUGUAGCUAAGAAAGUAAUACUAAGUGUAUGUUGUGUAGUAAGCUGUUAGUAGCCCAUGUGCCUAACCCUAAUAAUUUGGUCUAUUUUCCCCUCUUAACUUAGCCUACUGUUCUGACUUGGUGGUGCACAUGUAGCCUAUAACCUGUUUUAGAGAAAUGUAAUCAUUGAAUAUUGUAAGAGCUUUCAUUGUCUGCUUAUAUGCCCCCUUUAUUUAUCCUAUGGUUCUGACUUGGUGUACAGGGAGAACACUGUAAGAACGGCCCAUGUUCUGAAUUCUGUCGCUGUACAUUUCAAAAGUGCUGAACAAAUAGUUAUAUUGACUACGUCCGUCCCAGCUCGCUCAAUAAUGUCUUAAUGGAAAUUACGGAUUGCCUCUUAUCCGCUCGUCGUCCCCUUAUGCCGUAGUUUGUACAUCUCAAUUGUCAGUAGAAACCACACUUGUUUAAGCAAGUCAGCCAUAUCAACUAUGUUUUUUUUAAGGCAGUAAAUGAGGCUGAAUGAACUGUUUCGCUGCCAGACAAGGCUCCGCUGAUAGCCAGGUGGAGCAGUGGUAAGGUUUUGGGACAGCUUUAUGGAGGCCCUAACAGUUUGUGGGCACCGUUUGCCACCGUUAUAGUGCAAUUAAUGUAUUGUUUAGUGUUGUGUGGUGACUUUGCUGGCAUGCAACCCACAUUUUUUUUUUUUUUUUUGCCCCACCAAGAUUUACAUGCUAAAAUCGCCACUGGAUCCAGGGUAUGACUGUGGCAAUGAGUAGGUCCGGAGACAUGUUGGACAAAACCCACUGAGUCGAUGAUGGCCCCGAAAGCCUUUUGGAGUGGGUCUGUGGACUUUUCCAUGUGAAUAUUAAAGUCACCAAAAAUUAGAAUAUUAUCUGCCUUGACUACAAGGUCCGAUAGGAAUUCAGGGAACUCAGUGAGGAACUCUGUAUACGGCCCAGGAGGCCUGUAAACAGUAGCUAUAACAAGGGAUUGAGUAGGCUGCAUAGAUUUCAUGACUAGAAGCUCAAAAGAUGAAAAAACUGUCAUUUUUGGGGGUAAAUUGACAUUUGCUAUCGUAAAUGUUAGCAACAGCUCCGCCUUUGCGGGAUGCGUGGGGGAUAUGGUCACUAGUGUAACCAGGAGGAGAGGCCACAUUUAUCACAGUCAAUUCAUCAGGCUUAAGCCAUGUUUCAGUCUGGCCAAUCACAUCAAGAUUAUGAUCAGUGAUUAGUUCAUUGACUAUGAUGCCUUGGAAGUGAGGGAUCUAACAUUAAGAAGUCCUAUUUUAAGAUGUGAGAUAUUAUCACAAUCUCUUUCAAUAAUGACAGGAAUGGAGGAGGUCUUUAUUCCAGUGAGAUUGCUAAGGCGAACACCGCCAUGUUUAGUUUUGCCCAACCUAGAUCGAGGCACAGACACGGUCUCAAUGGGGAUGGCUGAGCUGACUACACUGACUGUGCUAGUGGCAGACUCCACUAAGCUGUCAGGCUGGCUAACAGCCUGCUGCCUGGCCUGCACCCUGUCUCAUUGGGGAGGCUAACAGCCUGCUGCCUGGCCUGCACCCUGUCUCAUUGGAGAGGCUAACAGCCUGCUGCCUGGCCUGCACCCUGUCUCAUUGGGGAGGCUAACAGCCUGCUGCCUGGCCUGCACCCUGUCUCAUUGGGCUGGCUAACAGCCUGCUGCCUGGCCUGCACCCUGUCUCAUUGGGCUGGCUAACAGCCUGCUGCCUGGCCUGCACCCUGUCUCAUUGGGCUGGCUAACAGCCUGCUGCCUGGCCUGCACCCUGUCUCAUUGGGGAGGCUAACAGCCUGCUGCCUGGCCUGCACCCUGUCUCAUUGGGCUGACUAACAGCCUGCUGCCUGGCCUGCACCCUGUCUCAUUGGGCUGGCUAACAGCCUGCUGCCUGGCCUGCACCCUGUCUCAUUGGGCUGGCUAACAGCCUGCUGCCUGGCCUGCACCCUGUCUCAUUGGGCUGACUAACAGCCUGCUGCCUGGCCUGCACCCUGUCUCAUUGGGCUGACUAACAGCCUGCUGCCUGGCCUGCACCCUGUCUCAUUGGGCUGGCUAACAGCCUGCUGCCUGGCCUGCACCCUGUCUCAUUGGGCUGGCUAACAGCCUGCUGCCUGGCCUGCACCCUGUCUCAUUGGGCUGACUAACAGCCUGCUGCCUGGCCUGCACCCUGUCUCAUUGGGCUGGCUAACAGCCUGCUGCCUGGCCUGCACCCUGUCUCAUUGGGCUGGCUAACAGCCUGCUGCCUGGCCUGCACCCUGUCUCAUUGGGCUGACUAACAGCCUGCUGCCUGGCCUGCACCCUGUCUCAUUGGGCUGGCUAACAGCCUGCUGCCUGGCCUGCACCCUGUCUCAUUGGGCUGGCUAACAGCCUGCUGCCUGGCCUGCACCCUGUCUCAUUGUGGAGCUAGAGGAGUUAGAGCCCUGUCUAUGUUGGUAGAUAAGAUGAGAGCACCCCUCCAGCUAGGAUGGAGUCCAUCACUCCUCAGCAGGCCAGGCUUGGUCCUGUAACACCCCUCCAUCUAGGAUGGAGUCCAUCACUCCUCAGCAGGCCAGGCUUGGUCCUGUAGCACCCCUCCAGCUAGGAUGGAGUCCAUCACUCCUCAGCAGGCCAGGCUUGGUCCUGUAGCACCCCUCCAGCUAGGAUGGAGUCCAUCACUCCUCAGCAGGCCAGGCUUGGUCCUGUAGCACCCCUCCAGCUAGGAUGGAGUCCAUCACUCCUCAGCAGGCCAGGCUUGGUCCUGUAGCACCCCUCCAGCUAGGAUGGAGUCCGUCACUCCUCAGCAGGCCAGGCUUGGUCCUGUAGCACCCCUCCAGCUAGGAUGGAGUCCAUCACUCCUCAGCAGGCCAGGCUUGGUCCUGUAGCACCCCUCCAGCUAGGAUGGAGUCCGUCACUCCUCAGCAGGCCAGGCUUGGUCCUGUAGCACCCCUCCAGCUAGGAUGGAGUCCAUCACUCCUCAGCAGGCCAGGCUUGGUCCUGUAGCACCCCUCCAGCUAGGAUGGAGUCCAUCACUCCUCAGCAGGCCAGGCUUGGUCCUGUAGCACCCCUCCAGCUAGGAUGGAGUCCAUCACUCCUCAGCAGGCCAGGCUUGGUCCUGUAGCACCCCUCCAGCUAGGAUGGAGUCCGUCACUCCUCAGCAGGCCAGGCUUGGUCCUGUAACACCCCUCCAGCUAGGAUGGAGUCCGUCACUCCUCAGCAGGCCAGGCUUGGUCCUGUAGCACCCCUCCAGCUAGGAUGGAGUCCGUCACUCCUCAGCAGGCCAGGCUUGGUCCUGUAGCACCCCUCCAGCUAGGAUGGAGUCCAUCACUCCUCAGCAGGCCAGGCUUGGUCCUGUUUGUGGGUGAGUCCCAGGAAGAGGGCCAAUUAUCUACAAAUUCUAUAUUUUGGGAGGGGCAGAAAACAGUUUUCAACCAGCAAUUGAGUUGUGAUACUGCUGUAGAGCUCAUCACUCCUCCCCCUAACUGGGAGGGGCCAGAGACAAUUACUGCUGUAGAGCUCAUCACUCCUCCUCCUAACUGGGAGGGGCCAGAGACAAUUACUGCUGUAGAGCUCAUCACUCCUCCCCCUAACUGGGAGGGGCCAGAGACAAUUACUGCUGUAGAGCUCAUCACUCCUCCCCCUAACUGGGAGGGGCCAGAGACAAUUACUGCUGUAGAGCUCAUCACUCCUCCCCCUAACUGGGAGGGGCCAGAGACAAUUACUGCUAUAGAGAUCAUCACUCCUCCCCCUAACUGGGAGGGGCCAGAGACAAUUACUGCUGUAGAGCUCAUCACUCCUCCCCCUAACUGGGAGGGGCCAGAGACAAUUACUGCUGUAGAGCUCAUCACUCCUCCCCCUAACUGGGAGGGGCCAGAGACAAUUACUGCUGUAGAGCUCAUCACUCCUCCCCCUAACUGGGAGGGGCCAGAGACAAUUACUGCUGUAGAGUUCAUCACUCCCCCUAACUGGGAGGGGCCAGAGACAAUUACUGCUGUAGAGCUCAUCACUCCUCCCCCUAACUGGGAGGGGCCAGAGACAAUUACUCGAUGCCGACACAUCUUUCUAGCUAAUUUACACGCUGAAGCUAUGUUGCUCUUGGUGACCUCUGACUGUUUCAUCCUAACAUCGUUGGUGCCGACGUGGAUAACAAUAUCCCUAUACCAUCUACACUCACCAGUUUAUGACUUAGCCAGCACCAUCUUCAGAUUAGCCUUUACGUCGGUAGCCCUGCCCCCUGGUAAACAGUGUAUGAUCGCUGGAUGAUUCUUUUUAAGUCUAAUAUUGUGGGUAAUGGAGUCGCCAAUGACUAGGGUUUUCAAUUUGUCAGAGCUAAUGGUGGGAGGCUUCGGCGGCUCAGACCCCGUAACGGGUGGAGGAGAGACCUGAGCAGGCUUGGCCUCUGACUCCGACUCGUUGCUUAGUGGGGAGAACCGGUUGAAAGUUUCUGUCGGCUGAAUGAGCGACGCCGGUUGAGCAUGCUGACAGCAUUUCUUUCCAGAAGCCUUGAGAAAAUUGUCCGGCUGCGGGGACUGUGAGAGGGGAUUUAUACUACUAUCUGUACUUACUGGUGGCACAGACGCUGUUUCAUCCUUUCCUACACUUACAUUGCCCUUGCCUAACGAUGGCAUCUGAAGCUGGGCUUGCAGCACGGCUAUCCUCACCAUAAGGCGAUAGUUCUCCUGUAUAUUAUGAGUACAGCGACGGCAAUUAGAUGGCAUAGUGUUAAUGUUACUACUUAGCUUCGGCUGGUGGAGGUCCUGUAGAACCGUGUCCAGAUAAAGGGUCCUGUAGAACCAUGUCCAGAUAAAGAGUCCUGUAGAACCAUGUCCAGAUAAAGGGUCCUGUAGAACCGUGUCCAGAUAAAGGUUCCUGUAGAACCGUGUCCAGAUAAAGGUUCCUGUAGAACCGUGUCCAGAUAAAGGGUCCUGUAGAACCAUGUCCAGAUAAAGGGUCCUGUAGAACCAUGUCCAGAUAAAGCGUCCUGUAGAACCAUGUCCAGAUAAAGAGUCCUGUAGAACCAUGUCCAGAUAAAGAGUCCUGUAGAACCAUGUCCAGAUAAAGGGUCCUGUAGAACCAUGUCCAGAUAAAGAGUCCUGUAGAACCGUGUCCAGAUAAAGAGUCCUGUAGAACCGUGUCCAGAUAAAGCGUCCGGGGUUAUAAGGUUGUAUGAUAAGGUCGAGCGAGGAAAAAACGAAGACAUUGGUUAAAUGUAUUUAAAGUAAAAACCGAAGACUUUGUAGCAACAAACAGCACAGCAGCAGGGAGACUAGUCCGGAAGUUGACUGACACAGACGAGGAACCAACACUGUCCACUCUAUCAGUCCAUCAGAUGCUGUCUGCGCCAACACCGGUGUACCUGAAAGACAAAUACACACACCAAUGCAUCAGUAAUCAUAGCCCUUAUAAUAGCCUACGGUUCUGGAAAGUUCUCAACGGAAAUCUGAUGUUUUUGAAAAUAUUAUAGACACACUGCUGUGUUUCAAGAUGAAGUUAUUUUUUGAACGGGUGUAUGUGUGAAGCAUUUACACAAUUGUUUUAUCCAUCAUCUUAGCUCACACUACUCAUAUCACAAGUGCAUAUGACUGUGUUCUUGCAUGUCCCUCAAAUAUACCUAGAGGCCCUCAACCCAGCAUGACAGAGAUAUUGUCCCGUUAAAUGAUGGGAAAUCAGCUGGUUAGACUCUUGAAUUUGAGGGCUACAGGAGAAAGAAGUAAAACGACCAGGAAACAGGUUGGACCUGAUCUUUGAUCAGCAGUCCUACUCUAAGACACUUUAUGAAUAUGGGCCCAGGAGGACAUGAACUGGCACUGGUUUUAUUCGGUGACAAGACAAUGUUUACUCACCCUCUCUGGCAAUGGAUCUGACUUCUCCCAGCUUUGCAAAGCUCUCUCUGAAGGCUGGCUCCCCUUUUGCACCCUCUCCCAUGGUUGAAAGACAAUAAGAUCCAACACAAAUGUCUAGAUCAGGAAGUAUAACAACAUGCAUAGCUAUGGACUUGCAAACAGAAGUCAUCAUACUGUCUGUAACGUUGAAACAUUAGGUUGGAGCGAGGCAUAUGGCUAGCUAAAGUUAGCUUAUUGUCUUUGAGAAGGUCUGUUACAUUUACAGUUUAGUCAUUUAGCAGACGCUCUUAUCCAGAGCGACUUACAGUUAGUGCAUCCAUGAGCAUGUUCCCAUGUUGCUGGGCAACGCUACAGUUAACACACACUACUUUAUCCACGGAAACUGCACAUCCCUCUAUCUGAGUCGCAGCGCCACCUCUGUUUCACCACGCUCCCCACUGGAUCUGAGUCGCAGCGUCACCUCUGUUUCACCACGCUCCCCACUGGAUCUGAGUCGCAGCGUCACCUCUGUUUCACCACGCUCCCCACUGGAUCUGAGUCACAGCGUCUCCUCUGUUUCACCACGCUCCCCACUGGAUCUGAGUCGCAGCGUCUCCUCUGUUUCACCACGCUCCCCACUGGAUCUGAGUCGCAGCGCCACCUCUGUUUCACCACGCUCCCCACUGGAUCUGAGUCGCAGCGUCACCUCUGUUUCACCACGCUCCCCACUGGAUCUGAGUCGCAGCGUCACCUCUGUUUCACCACGCUCCCCACUGGAUCUGAGUCGCAGCGUCACCUCUGUUUCACCACGCUCCCCACUGGAUCUGAGUCGCAGCGUCUCCUCUGUUUCACCACGCUCCCCACUGGAUCUGAGUCGCAGCGUCUCCUCUGUUUCACCACGCUCCCCACUGGAUCUGAGUCGCAGCGUCUCCUCUGUUUCACCACGCUCCCCACUGGAUCUGAGUCGCAGCGUCACCUCUGUUUCACCACGCUCCCCACUGGAUCUGAGUCGCAGCGUCUCCUCUGUUUCACCACGCUCCCCACUGGAUCUGAGUCGCAGCGUCACCUCUGUUUCACCACGCUCCCCACUGGAUCUGAGUCGCAGCUUCACCUCUGUUUCACCACGCUCCCCACUGGAUCUGAGUCGCAGCUUCACCUCUGUUUCACCACGCUCCCCACUGGAUCUGAGUCGCAGCGUCACCUCUGUUUCACCACGCUCCCCACUGGAUCUGAGUCGCAGCGUCUCCUCUGUUUCACCACGCUCCCCACUGGAUCUGAGUCACAGCGUCUCCUCUGUUUCACCACGCUCCCCACUGGAUCUGAGUCGCAGCGCCACCUCUGUUUCACCACGCUCCCCACUGGAUCUGAGUCGCAGCGUCUCCUCUGUUUCACCACGCUCCCCACUGGAUCUGAGUCGCAGCGUCUCCUCUGUUUCACCACGCUCCCCACUGGAUCUGAGUCGCAGCCUCACCUCUGUUUCACCACGCUCCCCACUGGAUCUGAGUCGCAGCGCCACCUCUGUUUCACCACGCUCCCCACUGGAUCUGAGUCGCAGCGUCACCUCUGUUUCACCACGCUCCCCACUGGAUCUGAGUCGCAGCGUCACCUCUGUUUCACCACGCUCCCCACUGGAUCUGAGUCGCAGUGCCACCUCUGUUUCACCACGCUCCCCACUGGAUCUGAGUCGCAGUGCCACCUCUGUUUCACCACGCUCCCCACUGGAUCUGAAACAAAUAUCACUACAGGUUACCUUCACUGAUUCAACUGCACCCAACUCCUUUCAACCCCACCCUGAAACCACAAAUGGAUCCGCCAAAAGGCAAGGGUCCACUUUCUUCAAAAAUGUGGACCAGAUUCUUCUUUAUCGUGUCCAAACUCGGCGUCCUCACCGCAGGCACUUCAUCCUCACUCUCGUCAGGGGUGGCAGGUAGCUUAGUGUCUGCUAAAUGACUAAAAUGUAAAUGUCAAAAUGUUCCAUCUCUGAACUACUGAAGCACGUGUCCCUCUUUUUGCACUUGACGCCAACCUUCCUCACCACACUGUUUCCCUGUACCCUCAGCUCCUUCCUCACCACAACAUUUCCCUGUACCCUCAGCUCCUUCCUCACCACACUGUUUCCCUGUACCCUCAGCUCCUUCCUCACCACAACAUUUCCCUGUACCCUCAGCUCCUUCCUCACCACACUGUUUCCCUGUACCCUCAGCUCCUUCCUCACCACACUGUUUCCCUGUACCCUCAGCUCCUUCCUCACCACAACGUUUCCCUGUACCCUCAGCUCCUUCCUCACCACACUGUUUCCCUGUACCCUCAGCUCAUUCCUCACCACACUGUUUCCCUGUACCCUCAGCUCAUUCCUCACCACACUGUUUCCCUGUACCCUCAGCUCAUUCCUCACCACACUGUUUCCCUGUACCCUCAGCUCCUUCCUCACCACACUGUUUCCCUGUACCCUCAGCUCCUUCCUCACCACAACGUUUCCCUGUACCCUCAGCUCCUUCCUCACCACACUGUUUCCCUGUACCCUCAGCUCCUUCCUCACCACAACGUUUCCCUGUACCCUCAGCUCAUUCCUCACCACACUGUUUCCCUGUACCCUCAGCUCCUUCCUCAUCACACUGUUUCCCUGUACCCUCAGCUCAUUCCUCACCACACUGUUUCCCUGUACCCUCAGCUCCUUCCUCAUCACACUGUUUCCCUGUACCCUCAGCUCAUUCCUCACCACACUGUUUCCCUGUACCCUCAGCUCAUUCCUCACCACACUGUUUCCCUGUACCCUCAGCUCAUUCCUCACCACACUGUUUCCCUGUACCCUCAGCUCAUUCCUCACCACACUGUUUCCCUGUACCCUCAGCUCCUUCCUCACCACACUGUUUUCCCUGUACCCUCAGCUCAUUCCUCACCACACUGUUUCCCUGUACCCUCAGCUCAUUCCUCACCACACUGUUUCCCUGUACCCUCAGCUCAUUCCUCACCACACUGUUUCCCUGUACCCUCAGCUCCUUCCUCACCACACUGUUUUCCCUGUACCCUCAGCUCAUUCCUCACCACACUGUUUCCCUUUACCCUCAGCUCAUUCCUCACCACACUGUUUUCCCUGUACCCUCAGCUCCUUCCUCACCACACUGUUUCCCUGUACCCUCAGCUCCUUCCUCACCACACGGUUUCCCUGUACCCUCAGCUCCUUCCUCACCACACGGUUUCCCUGUACCCUCAGCUCAUUCCUCACCACACUGUUUCCCUGUACCCUCAGCUCAUUCCUCACCACACUGUUUCCCUGUACCCUCAGCUCCUUCUCGGCGGUCAUCACUGCACCUGCCACCGCAGUUAAUUAAACUUCACUCUCGUCACGUUCAAUUUCCUUCUGUAGCUCUUCCAGAAGUUCUGUGUGAUCCUCCAUUCCAUAUUCACUCAAAACAUCUACUAAUUCUCCUUUUGUUCUUGUCUGCCAUCUUGUCCUUCAUCAAAUCUUCCAGCGGUUUGAAUGUGGUUGUGUCCAGACUGUAUCCGUGUAGCCAAACACAAUGUAAGCUCACAAGAUCAGGAUGGUUCAUACGAGGCUAGAUUUGGACAGGAAGUGUGAAAGGUUUGGUAUACCCAUUAUAAGCUAGUUUUACUCCAUUGUGUUAAACAGACACUGUAUAACAGGAUGGUGGGGUGACCACACCCAGAUCUCCCACCGCUCUCUCCCAGUAGAGGAUGGGUGACCACACCCAGAUCUCCCACCGCUCUCUCCCAGUAGAGGCUGGGUGACCACACCCAGAUCUCCCACCGCUCUCUCCCAGUAGAGGCUGGGUGACCACACCCAGAUCUCCCACUGCUCUCUCCCAGUAGAGGCUGGGUGACCACACCCAGAUCUCCCACCGCUCUCUCCCAGUAGAGGCUGGGUGACCACACCCAGAUCUCCCACCGCUCUCUCCCAGUAGAGGCUGGGUGACCACACCCAGAUCUCCCACUGCUCUCUCCCAGUAGAGGCUGGGUGACCACACCCAGAUCUCCCACCGCUCUCUCCCAGUAGAGGCUGGUGAAGGGUUAAUAAUGUUUCUCUCUGUCUCAGAUCAUCCCAGUAGAGAGGCUGGUGAAGGGGAGGUUUCAGGAUAACUUUGAGUUCAUCCAGUGGUUUAAGAAGUUAUUUGAUGCCAACUACGACGGGAAGGAGUAUGACCCUGUGGCCACACGCCAGGGGCAGGAGGGCACCCCCUCACCCAACCCAGGUACACAUCAUGUCCUCACUGCUCCUCGAACCAGGUCAUCUCAUUUCCCACAAACCCAAAUGACCCUCCUCUUCCUCAUCUUCCUCCUCCUCUUGUAAAACGGAUCCUUCCUGCCAGUCUGUGCCUGUCUGUGUUAAUGUGCUGCUGAAGUGCUUUGACUGUUCUCUCCCUGGAAGGUAUAAAUCAGGCCUGGAGGGGCUGUUGUUUUCCUGUGUUUUUGGGUUGACCUUUUGGCAAGUCUUUUUUCAGGUUAUUAUAGUAGAACUGUGAUGUAGCUAGCUGUUGAUUGGGUGCUGCUGAGAGGCUUGUUAAGAUUGGCUGUGUGUUCAGGCCACCAGAGGACGUCUCCCACGGCGACCAAGACAGUCCACGUCCCCCCGAAGCAGUCUGCCCCCAUCCGCAGGGCGACGCCCACCAGAGCCAACGGAGCGUCAGAUGCUGAGGUGCUAGAACUGAACCAGCAGGUACUGAGCCGCCCCCCCCAAACAUGAAAAUAAGCUCAUUUAUUCUCUCUAUAUAUUUUUUUCUAAAUGUUUGGUAUAUAUUAAACACGAUACUCUCCCUCUGUCUGCCUCCUUACCUUCUCUCCUCUCCACCUCUCCUCACCUCACCACCUCUCCUCACCUCACCACCUCUCCAUCUCUCCUCUCCACCUCUCCUCUCCAUCUCUCCUCUACACCUCUCCUCACCUCUCCACCUCUCUCCUCUCCACCUCUCCUCACCUCACCACCUCUCCACCUCUCCUCUCCACCUCUCCUCACCUCUCACCUCUCCUCUCCACCUCUCUCCUCUCACCUCUACACCUCUCCUCACCUCUCCACCUCUCUCCUCUACACCUCUCCUCACCUCUCCACCUCUCUCCUCUCCACCUCCUCCCCCCCUCCUCCUCUCCUCCUCCAUCUCUCCUCUACACCUCCCUCACCUCUCCACCCUCUCCUCUCCUCUCCCUCUCCACCUCCUCCUCCUCUCCUCUCACUCCCUCUCCCCCCACCUCCUCCCCUCCACUCUCCCCUCCCCCUCUCCACCCCCCUCCUCCCUCCCUCUCACCUCUCUCUCCACCCUCCCACCUCCCACUCUCUCCUCUCCACCUCUCCUCUCCACCUCUCCCCUCUCCUCUCCACCCUCUCCUCACCCUCCCCUCUCCUCCUCUCCUCUCCACCUCUCCCUCCCUACCUCUCACCUCCACUCCACCCCCUCCCUCAUCCACCUCUCCAUCUCACAUCUCUCCUCUACACCUCUCCUCACCUCUCCACCUCUCUCCUCUCCACACCUCUCACCUCUCCUCUACACCUCUCCCUUCCUCACCUCUCCUCCUCUCCCUCUCCACCUCUCCUCACCAUCUCCUCCUCUCCUCCUCUCCUCCAUCCUCUCCAUCUCUCAUCUCCUCCUCUCCCCUCUCCUCACCUCUCCACCUCUCCACCUCUCCUCUCCACCUCUCCACCUCUCCACCUCACCUCUCCAUCUCUCCUCUACACCUCUCCUCACCUCUCCACCUCUCUCCUCUACACCUCUCCUCACCUCUCCUCUCCACCUCUCCAUCUCUCCUCUCCACCUCUCCUCACCUCUCCUCUCCUCCUCUCUUCCACUCUCUCCUCUCUGUCUGUCGGUCUGUAUUUCCUCUACCCCCUCUCCUCCUCUCCUCCUCUCUGUCUGUCUGUGUAGAUGUUGGACCUGAAACUGACAGUGGAGGGUCUUGAGAAGGAGAGAGACUUCUACUUCAGUAAGCUGAGAGACAUCGAGCUGAUCUGUCAGGAGAAUGAGACCAACGCCAGCCCAACACUCUCCAAGAUCAUGGAUAUACUGUACGCUACGGAG